CUCCAUCUCAACCAAUAAUCAAACUUAAAGAACAGGACUAAAUCAAAUCAAACUUUAUUUAAAGUACAUUUGUGGAUUUAUUUGAUUUAGUCCUGUUCUUUAACUUAUAUUUUUGGUUGAGCUGGAGAUGUGAAUCCAACAUAUCAAUUAUCAAUUUGUAGACAAACUGGAAUUAAAGCCAGACUAAGUGUCACAGAUGGAACUAUCCACGCAGAAGAUACAUCUCCUUAAAAUGCUCCUUUGGUUGUGUUGACAACAAAUGAAUAAUGUAUAUGUUGCAUUCACGUCUUCAUCUCAACCAAAAAUCUAAGUGAUUCAACCAGUAUGUGCCCUGUGGGAUGACAUAGGACUAUGUCCUUGCCCUGAGAUUAAAAGUGGUAUCUGGUAGGCAGAGGAAAUGUCCACAAAAUGUAUUGCUUUUCCACAGUAGUUUUUAACAGAUUACCUCCUGACUACAUCCAUUCUGUUUUCUCUAUGUUUGUACAUAAUGUAUUAUGCAGUCCAUCUUUGAGCCAUCUUCCUAGUUUUCCUCUUGGAGCCAGCAGCAGGUGGUCCACACCCAUGUCACUCCCUCUAAGCCGGAAGCCCUCUGCAGGUCAGCGCAGGCGGCCAGUGGCCACUAGCAGUGGGCGCCAUUCCUAUAGCGAUGCCUCCAAUACCAACACUUACCCCGGCAGGGCUAGUGAGGGUAGUCCUACAGCCCGGACAUAUCCUGGCCCACCUAAGCAUCAGGUGAAGCAUGCAACCUGCAGUGAUAACCAUGGGAUUUGGCCCCCCACACCAGAGCAGUACCUCACCCCGCUGCAGCAGAAGGAGGUGUGUAUCAGACACCUGCGAGCCAGGCUGAGGGAGAAUGUCCAGAGGCUGCAGCACAGGGACAGUGAGAUAGCUGAGAUGAAGACCCAGCUGUGUCGGAUGCAGGAGGACUGGAUAGUGGAAGAGUGUCACCGUGUCGAGGCCCAGCUGGCUCUGAAGCAGGCGCGCAGGGAGAUCCAGCAUUUGCACGAGGUCGUGGAGACAGUACGAUCAAACCUCGGCACCCCAGAAAAAGCCCCCUAUGACAAAAAGCCAUACCUCUCACCGCAGAGACCCCGGCCUACAAAGUCCCGCUCCUGUGGGUGCUCCCCAGCCAGCACCCUGAGCCGCAGCACCGCCUACACCCGGCUGAGCAGUGAGGCCCUCUAUGUGGACCGUAAUGGAAACGCCCCAGGGCCUGACCUGCAUGCAGCGGCACAGGUAGAAAGGGGGCGGACCCACCUGCUUCUGGAGGCGGCCCUUCUGUCAGAGCAGCAAACCCCAUCUGGCCCCGCCCUGGUCCACGGCCCCUCCUCUACCAUGCCACGCUCCUCCACCUACGAGAGGCUGUGCAGUGGAGGGGCUGUGCUGCCCGUCUCCCACUCCUGCCACUCCCUGAGUAACAGCUGCAGGUGCAGUGGACACACCUACCUCCCUCAUCACCACCUCUUCCUUCACCUCCCCCAGGAGGAGCCCUCGGCUGCAGUGGCGGUGGCUGCUGCUAUCCCCGUGAGGGAGGCAAAACCGGAGGUCCGAUCCCAGGCCUGCAGCCCCACCAUGACCUGGGUCUCAGAGGAAGGAGGGGGAGAGGAGCUGAGCAUCAUCUCCCUGGCAACAACCAACAUCACCCCAGCCUACUCAGAGCAACAGCUGUUCCCUCCCUCCUUGUCUUCCUCCCCUCCUCCCCAGCUCUCCUACAACCUAGAGCCACUGUCUCCAGAUGGCCAUGUGGAGAUGACAAUGAUGCCAACAGUGGCCCAAACCUGCCAGCCCAAGCCUGGGCCAAUGUUAUCACCAGAGAGGCAAGGAGGUGUGACAGGGGUGGAGGAUGAAGAGAAGGGUGAAGCUGUUGAGGCUGUUGAAGUUGACGGUGAAAACGUUGUGGGAGGGGAAGAGGGGGUGGACGGUGCUCCCCAGCGGAACUUCUGGAGCCGAUACUUCCUGGUGGACCUGUUGGCAGUGGCCAUGCCGGUGGUGCCAACGGUGGCCUGGCUGUGUCAUGGGGCCCCGCGGGAGGUCAUGCCUGUGUACCACAUCGGUUCUCUGCUACGGGGUUGCUGCGCUGUGGCCCUUCACUCUCUGCGACGCGGGGGACGUGGCCCCACAAGCAUGAAUGGGGCGUCCAAUAUCUGACAACUUUACUCCUUAGCCCCCUGACUUCCCUCACAGCAACCAUGCAACCCCAACCUCUAACGAGUCACAGCCAGAACAGCAAUCAGACUUUGAUUUUGACUUGAACUUAUAUUGCUUUUUAUUAUUUUUAUUCUCCACCCGUCUGAUUUGAGGAUGACCUUGAGAUUUACAUGAUUUGUUUGUUAGAUUUGUAAUAAUGCCUAACUAUCUAGGAAAUCAAAUGCAAUAGUGAUUUGAUGGGGAAUGCGUGAGACUGCGUGAACUUUUUGCCACUGGUCUAGUGGCUCCCAUGACUGCACAACUCAUUGCAUGUAAACCUGAGAAAUGUUCAACCCUUUGCUAUUAACUCACCUUAAACAGAACCUUCAAAUACACACCUGCUACAUUUGAACCUUGAACACUUUGACAUACUGUAUUCUCCAUGAAUCUUCUUGUUGUCUUUGAAAUUGGGGUGAACAUGGUUCACCUUGUUAAACAUCAGCAACAUUUUCUUUUAGAGCUAAGUCAACGAGGGACCUGAGUGGGAGUUCGAGUUGAAUGUUUUUGAAAAAUAAUUUUCUCAAGAAAAUAUGAGAAUGUAGAUGUUUGCACAACGAAUGGGAGAUUGGGAAUCUAUUACUUUUCAGGGAUCAAACGUUUAUCUUCUGGUUUCAUUAAUUGUAUUAAUAGUCCAAGGAUAAGAGUACAAUUCUGAACAAGUCUAGCACUGUCACUAUCCAUGUCCAAAUGCUGAAAGCAAGUACAAUGCCAGCUAUGUAUGUAUUUGUUGGAAAUACAUUUGUUGAAUUUCAACAUUUACAAUAUUAGGAAAUUAUCAAUUAUUUUCAAAAGGCUAGAUAUUUCUUUCAAACAUUGCACUUUUUUCCACUUUCAGGACUAUACUACUUUACUUUUCAUCACACAUUAACCAUGCAAGUCUACUUUUGAGCCACAUUAUGCCGCUAAUGCUACAGUGAUAGAUUCUCAAUUAUUCCAAUUCAGAAGUCAAAAGCAAUAAGAAAAAGCUAUGAUGAAGUCUUUACAAGUAUUGGUAAAAUUGCACAAAAAAGCUGUAGAAUACAAAGUGUAAAUAGACCUGGAUGUAUUUCUUCUUCCCUUUGAAAAUAAACUGAAAGUUGCCUUUGUCGGUUUGUCAUCUAUUGAAGUCUGCUUCGGGAGAAUUAGACACAUGGGAAUCAAUAUGAAAUAAAAACAUUUGAAGUCUCUUUUUGACAUUGUUAGAACAUAUCCAAAGCUCUUAAUGAGGAAUAUAAUACAUUUUUAUUAACCAAUGGGGUGAGAGUUGACUCAUUGGGGAGGGGGGCAAUUUUACAUAUCCAUAGUUUGCUGAUGUUCCUGACAAUGUGUGCUGUGGUACUGGGUAUGAAAAACAUUUUUAUCACAGAUCAGGUUUUGCUAUUAGAACAAAAGGUUUUCAAUUUUGCAUUCCUUGUGAUUACUAAUGGAUUUCAAACAUGUCCUUUAGCACUUCUCAGAGAAUUGCUAGAAUCACUAGAAUUGGUCUACAGUGGAGAACCAUUUCUCAGAUACUGCACAACAGAAUAAAAACAGUGACGCAAGUAACAUUUAAUGUAGACAUUUUUUCUUUCCUAUAUAUCCUAUUUUAAAAAACACAAUAUCAUGCCUACUGGGUGUUAAAGGAUAUUUUUUAUUCAAACACACCAUAGGAAAUUGACCCAUUUUGUUGCUUGAGAGGAAACUAUACUUGUCAGCAUACUCUGCGAGUUCUGUACUAUAAUAAUGACCUUUAAUUACGCAUUUUUAUUUAUAUUUAUAUAUAUAUAUAUAUAUAUAUAUAUAUAUAUAUUCUUGCCAACAGAGUGUGCCAUGCUAUUCAGUGUUUCAUACAGAAAGUUGAUGCAACUGAAAAAAAUCUAUAUCAAAACAUCACUAAUAUUAAUUUAAGUCAACUUCUGUAAUCCAAAUGACAUUACCUGAUCCAUUUAGGUAGUCUUUUUAAAAUAUUUUUAAAUCACUUAUGUUCACAUUUUCAAAAAAGUUUCUAAAGCAAGGCCACUCACAGAGCCACAAGAAAUAGAUCAAAUUUAAUAUGUGUGUAAUGAUACUUUAUCCCAAAUUUUGCCAGUACUUACCCCUGAUGGCAGGCAUGACUUACAAAUUUGAAGUAAAAAAAAAAGAAAAAAAAAAAAAAA